UGAAACCAUAUAUAAUGCACUUAUGAAUUUCAUAGAAGAAAAAAAUAUCAACUGUGGAACUAAACUUGUGGGAUUAGGGAGUGAUGGCGCUUCUGUCAUGAUGGGGCGUCACAGUGGUGUGGGUGUACAACUGAAUUCAGUAGCUCCAUUUUUGGUUCAUACUCAUUGUGUGGCUCAUAGACUUGCGUUAUGCACUUCACAAGCUGCUAAAUCAGUCAAGUUGUUGGAUGAAUACCAAACACUGUUAACAAACCUUUUUAACUUUUACUCAAACUUAGCUGUAAGGUAUAAUAAGCUACGUGAAAUUCAAAGCAUUUUAGAAUUGAAACCAGUAACCUUAAAAGUUGCUGCUUCAACUAGUUGGCUGUCUCUCCACAAUGCUGUUGAUGCAAUCUACAAGUGUUGGCCUGCACUUGUAGACUGUCUGGAUCAUCAAGCUGCUGAAGAUAAUAAUGAAAACGCUGCAAAAGCCAAAGGAUACUUGAAGCAAGUGCAGCAAUACAAAUUUGUUGCAGCAACUUGCAUGAUGAAAGAUGUUCUUCCAACAUUAACAAAGCUUAGUGUGUUUUUCCAAAAAGAAUCUGUUGGUCUUGCAUCUGUGCCAGCCAUGGUAUCAUCUACAAUUACUACAUUGCAGGCCCUUAGAGAUGACUUAAAUGGCGAUCUUGCAAACCUGCCAAGCCUAAAGGAACUUAAUCAGGGAGUACUUGCAGAUGGUUUGUAUCAUGAGAAGGAACUUCAGCAGGCAGGUGAUAAUGCAAGACGAUCGUUCAUUGCUGCUGGUGACACAUUUCUAGCUAAUUUAAUUCAAAACCUUAACGAGAGGUUCCCAAAGGAGACACUAGACAUCUGCAAAGCCCUUGACCUUGUAGUUAACCCUCAAUAACUCCCAGAGAGUAGUGUAGCUAUAGCAGCUCAUGGAGCAGAUGCUUUGAACAAGCUUAUUGCGCACUAUGGUCAGCCAAAGACUACAAGUGGCAACAGUAACAUUGAUCCACUGAUUGACCCAGAUGUCACAAGAGCAGAC